UAAGGUGCUGUGCGCUCGAGUCUCUCCGGAGCUCCUCAGUGCUGCUGGAGGAGAACACGAAGAUCGCUUGUUGUGAACUAUGGCCGUGUUUAUCGCUUGUGGAUGAUGAUUUCACCGAACAUCUAAAAAGGCCUCCAGCACCAUCUGAUCUUGGACAGGGACCAAAUGCCAAUCCACUGAGAAAGGAUUAAAACAGGAAUCUUUCACCUCACCUAAGUAGGUGUGAAUUGCUGGCUGGAGUCAUGGGGAACCAGCUGACUGAUAUCGCUCCCAGCACGCCGUUCCUGCCAAGCUUCCAGUGCCUACACGUGGUCGUCAUUGGCCUCGAUUCGGCCGGAAAAACCUCUCUGCUCUACAGGCUCAAACUCAAGGAGUUUGUUAAAACAAUCCCAACCAAGGGCUUCAACACAGAGAAGAUCAAAGUGGCAGUCGGGGCAUCUCGUGGAAUAAACUUCCAGAUUUGGGAUGUGGGUGGGCAGGACAAGCUGCGUCCACUCUGGAAGUCCUACACUCGCAGGACAGACGGGAUGGUGUUUGUGGUGGACUCCACCGAGGUGGAGCGAAUGGAAGAGGCCAAAGUGGAGCUCCACAAGAUCACCCGCACGUCAGAGAAUCAGGGAGUCCCGGUGCUAAUUCUCGCCAACAAACAGGACCUGGACUCGGCCUUGUCUGUGAGCGAGGUGGAGAAGCUGCUCUCUGUUCAUGAACUGAGCAUGUACACGCUGUAUCACGUGCAGAGCUGCAGCGCUGUGGACGGUCAGGGGCUCCAGCUGGGCUUGGAGAAACUCUAUGAGAUGAUCCUGAAGAGGAAGAAGAUGGUGAAGCACAACAGGAACAGGAAGAGAUGAACUACCGGUUCACACUGUGGACUUUAUACACCAGAGAUUUAUACACUGCUCAGAUGCUUCCAGGUUUAAUGGUCCUCUUUAAUGGGAAAGCAAUUUGUGCCAACAAAACAACAAUUACACACGGCCUGAGGGUCCGGAGAAAUGGAUUUGCUCAUAAUAACUGAAAUAGUAUUGACAUUUUUUUUGUUCUGCAGCUGUCCUUUGACAACUUAUAGAUUUAAGGAAACCUUGAUAGCAGUUAGUCCUCACUAAGUGCUUUUCUACACUUGUUUUAAAGAAGAUUUCUGAGAAGACACUUGCCUGUUCACUUUAGGACUCAUAGAGGGCCACAUUCCCAUUUGAUGAAGAAGAUUUACUUAAAAUAACGUUCUUAUAUUCCUCGAAAGGCUUGCACAGAUUCUGUACCACUAAAUUGCUGUUUUUCUUCCACAAUGUACUGAUCUUUUUUCAAAAUAUUUAUUCAGUGUAUAUGUAUUUGUACUGGACAGAGGCUCCUUUUUCUUUUUUGUAAAUGAACAGCGUCCAGCGCUCACUUAGCACCAAUGAUAUUUAGUUUAAUUCCUAACAGAUCCUAAGUGCAUUCCCUUCACAGACACAUAUAUAUAUACAAAUUUAGCUACCACUGUAUAAUUAUACUGUUUUUACAAAUUGUAAUUUUUUCGUAAACUGAAGACUUAAUAAACCUAGCACUGUACAGAACAUACAUUGCUAUCUUUGUAUUUUGAAGGUAGUUGAUAGGAAUGAGUUAAACUUUUUGGAUUACAUGGCACGCAUAAUCUCUCAGCUCUAAAUUCACCUCAAUAUUGAGAUUUUCUGGCCACUUCUACAGUGAUAUUUGAACGUCAUCUGUAGCCGUGACUUUAAUGUCCAAGUGGAUUCAAUGAUCAAAUCAAAAUAUUGCAGGUAACCUCAAAAAACACUCGCUGAAAACACAUUUUAUUGUAACUGAUAAUAAGAUAAACUAAUAUUAUUCAUGGACAGCAAUACAGACAGCAGAUUUGGCAUAGUUAUCCAUCAUUAAUCACUAUUUGGUGUGAUUGGACAGACAAGCAUGCUUUGUUAACUUAUAAUUAAACUGCAGCCAUGACUGACUGUUGAUGCAUUUGUAUGUAUGAAAAAUAAGUCCUGCUGAUGUUUGCGCAACUUGGGAAACACUUGAGAAGUGUUUGGGAAAGAGGCUGGGAAGCCUUGAUAAAGUUGUGGCCCCGGGGCCUGUGAUAUCUUCAUAUGCCUCUGCUACCUGCUGAGCACCAAACAGCACUAAGCACCUAAAGAAACAUAUUUCCCCCAGGACUUGGCAGACGGAGCUGAAAGACAGUGAAUAUUAAAUUUCCUUUGUUGACACACACAAAAGAGAAAAUACAUCAACCAAUGCAUAUUGAUGGCAGAAUAAUUAAUUUGCCAAAAAUCUGCAUUAGUCCCCCGAAAUCUAGUAUCAAACAGGCUUUAGUUAGUAUUUCUUUACAUCAAAUAUUUGCUACCUUAACAGAUGAUACCAUUUUAGCGCUCUUACCAAAAUAGGGGGGAGGAUCUCCUCCUCGUCCCCUCCCCCACACAAGACCAAACAAUCCGUUUAGUUUGAUUUCCACCUACUGCUGACAGUGUAACUGCAUCAAUUAGUGGUGAGACGGCUCAGAGGUGAGCUGGUUGAGUUGUGCUGUUGAUUUUGUGGUCAUGUGGGGCUGAAUCACCUGAGGCCAUCUGUACAGCAGAUGCUCUGUUGCACUCUUGCUGGAAGUCAACUGACUGUAGCCAUCUCGUCUUACUACUUAUUUUAAUGUUAGUCUCACAUUUAUGUGUUUAGUGACCCUGGGAUGAAAUAAAAUAAAUAAUACCACUGGUAAAAAUGCAUUUCAAAGACUGGCAAAAGAUAUCUGGCAUCUUGAAUCGAGUCAAAGGAUACGUGAGCUUCUUGUCUCUUGCUGUCAAAAAUAUGAGAAACCUGUUUUCAUAAAUCCAGGAGAUAAAUAAGAAAAACAGAGACCUUUUCUUUUAUUUAAAUUUCACUAUACUGGCAUUUUAAGAGUUUUUACACUCUGUUUCUGAUGUGUCAUCUAACUGUUCAUCGUUACUGUAGCAAAUAUCAGAAAUGUUCCAUUGUACUUAAUACUAGCUCUGAUCACACACUGUAUAUAAAAGAUAGGUGUCGCCAUUAUGACGUCACCCGCUGCUUUCUAGACUAUUUUGGCCACUGUCACUGAUCCCAAAGAUUUAUAUGAGAGGGUGGAGUGCUAAGUUUCCAGCUAAUGUGGAUGGUUUUUAUCACACAGUAUUCCAUAUUAUUUGUCAGAUAAUCUAUUAAAAAUGCCCCAUAAGGCACUAACAGCAAAAAUGCAGUGAAGAAGUUCAGUUUAAUAUCUCAAAGUAGUGGAGGGAAGGCCUAACGGACCCUGAUUGGCUCCAUCUGCCUGUGUCAGGACACCUGCCAAUUAAAGCAGUCGUGCUAAUAACUCUAGUGUUCAGGUGGAUGAGUUAGAAAAAAGCUAUCAGUCAUUAUCCAAAAACAUACCUUAUACAAGCUGUAAACAUACUUUAUAAUGCUCUAUAGCAGGCCUCUUUAGCUAGUGAGUCUACAGGGUUUGACUCACAUUUGCAGCUAGCCUUUGGUGGCCAGUAGUGGAAAAAAGUUUUUGGCACUUCAGAGUCGGCUUCAUUUUCCCACUUGGUGUUAAUCCUCUCUUAAGUUGCCAUUCAGCUACGCGUGGGUGUGCUCCUGGCCUGUAUUUGUCUUGCCUGACAUGAUGAGAUAAUGACUUGUUACCUAUUCGCGUGCCGCCCGCUGAGUGUUCUUAAACGCUCAAUGUCAAGCUGCACUUGCUUGCACUUAAGCACGUGCAUGUCCAUUAUGACAAGAAACCCGCGCACCCACACGAGCACCCAUGCGCAUCUUGACUUGUGUGACCUCACCGUCCCUAUUAUUCAAAACGGUGAGCUCAUUAAAAGUUUCAAGGAUGUGUUGCAGCAUCAUCCUGACACAGCAGCUGGUCGCUGAAUAAAUUUGCAUCAUAAUGUGGUGUUUUCAACAGCUGAGACACAUUCUGGGCAUUUGGAGACAUCAGUCAGCCAAUGAAAAACAAAAAGUAUGUGGCUGAGCUUAUCUCCUCAGAUAAGCCAUACAAUGAAGCGAUGGGAAACUGUUGUUGAAGCUAGGUUAAGAAGACAGGUGACAAUCAGUAGGCAGCAGUAUGGCUUCAUGCCAUAAAAGAGCAGAUGGAGAAGUAUAGAGAAGGUCAUACGGAGUUGCUGUGUCUUUGCGGAUCUAGAGAAAGCAUAUGUGGACCUGUGGUACUGCACGAGAAAAUCAGGAAUGGCAGAGCAGUAUGUGAGGGUCAUGCAGGACUGCAAGACAGUGGUAAGGUGUGCAGUGGGAGUGACAGAUGGGUUCAAGGUCGGGGUAAGAUUACAUCAGGGAUGGUCUCUGAGCCCCUUCUUGUUUGCAGUGGUGUUAGACAGGUUGACAGAUUAGGUCAGGCAAGAGUCUCCGUGGACUAUGAUGUUUUCAGAUGACAUCUGUAGUGAGAGUAGGGAGCAGGUGGAAGAGAGCCUGGAGAGGUGGAGGCAUACAUGGGAGAGAAGAGAAAUGAAAGUGAGUAGAAACAAGACAGAAUACAUAAUGUGUGUGAAUGAAAGGGAGACGAGCGUAACAGUGAUUUAUGUGAGUAGAGCUGGCGAAGGGAGAUGAGCUUAAAUACCAGACAGUGCACAAAAGAAGUGAAGAAGGGAGCCCAGUCAGGGUGAAGUGGGCGGAGAUGAGUGUCAGUGGUGAUUUGUGACAGAAGGAUAGCAGCAAGAGUGAAAUAGAAGCUUUACAAGAUCGCAAUGAAACCUGCUGUGAUGUGUGGUUUGGCGAUGGUUUGGAAAUGUAGUGAAGGAGGACAUGCAGAGGACUGGUGUGACAGAGGACGCUAGGGGUAACGUGAGGUGAAGGAUGACAGUCCACUGUGGCGAUUGCUAAAGGGACCAGCUGAACAAAGAAGAGGAAAAACAGAAGACAACUAUGACGCCAGUAAGGCGCAAUGCUGUCGUGCCCACAGUCUCCCGCACACCUGAUUGACUUCCAUCCAGCGGUGGAAAAACCCAAGGGAGCUGCAUGUGCAUUGUCUUUGUUGCACAGUGGUUUUCUCUUGCAUGUUUCUGUCACAUGCUGUGCAGACUCCUUGUUACUCUCUGCCUUGCCUCCUCCUUUCUAGGGCAUCCUGGUGGCUGACAAGAAACACACAAGAGAGGGAAGCCUGGGGAUUAUGUGUCAGGGUUUAAUCUCACAUAGGCAGGUGUAUCCCUGGAACGGUGUGACAUAAAUCAGAGACAGGCACACCACUGGGCUUUGAAAACAAUAAGCAAAGCCACAAAUAACAAAUUCUUCCUGUUCUCCUUAAAAUUCACAAUGCAAUGACUGCAAGGAGGCACAGUCUUAAAAAUAUAAGCCAGAAUAUAUUGGGUCUAUGAGUGAGGACUGGCAUAGCAGUGCUGUGAACAGAUAGAUGACUAUGUUAACAUAUUUGAUGAAUAUCCUCAGUUAUUACAACUGUGGAUUGAUGUAGUGGUCUACAGAAAUCUGAAUGAAUUUCUGCUAAAUUAAAAUGAAAUUAUAUCAAAUAAAGCUGUUGCUGGGUCUCAGAUUGUUUAGACAAUGUUGUAAAACUUGUGAAACUACAGGCAUAUGGACAUACAGGCUUUUUAAAUCUUACUGAGGGGAAAGUCUCCAAAACUUUACAGCAGAUUUAGCUGAAUUUGUCUUAUGCUCACGUCCCACUAACUAGUAAAACUAAAAUUAGAGGCUUGAUAAUAAUCAUGUGGAUUCAAUCCAUGCGAGCUGCUAAGAGCAUACUGGGAUCAAUGAAUAUGUGACCAUUUUGAAACCCAAACCGACAUGGUCUCAAUGUCCUUUUGUAGUUAUUUAUAUAUAGUAUUAUUAUCUUUAUGUGCCCUUUGUUUUUGUGUUUCCCCCUCCUUUCUUUAGCUCUUUUGAAUAGUUUAUUGUUUUUAAGAGUUGUGCAUCUUCAGUCUUUUUACAUCCUUUGCUUCUCUGCCCUCAUUAAUCUCACUUGUGUCCAAUCAGUCCUUUUAGUCUUCUCUUACUUGUCAGUUAUCAGUUCAUUUUGACUUCAGUUUGACCCUGUACUUAUUUAGAUACUGGUUUUUCUAGCAAAUUUUUUUUUUUACAUAAGCUCUUAACAGG